UGGGAGGGGCAUCCGGAAUCUCUCCGGGUCAGUUCUGCUGCUGCUGCCGACGCCGCCGCCGUCAUGGCUGCCUCGGAGCCCAGCUACUCUCGCUUGUCUCUCGAGGAUGACUUCAACUACGGCACCAGCGUGGCUUCGGCCAGCGUCCACAUCCGAAUGGGUUUUCUGCGGAAAGUCUACAGCAUUGUUUUUCUUCAAGUUCUCUUAACUACUGUGACAUCAGCAACUUUUAUGUACUUUAAUAACAUACAGAUCUUUAUAUCUAAAAGCCCUGCAUUGAUGUUGGUGUCUCUCCUUGGAUCUUUGGGUUUGAUUCUGGCAUUGAUGUUAUACAGGCAUAAACAUCCUAUUAACUUGUACCUGCUCUUUGGAUUUACACUUUUGGAAUCUUUGACUGUUGGUAUAGCAGUGACAUUCUAUGAUGUGUAUGUUGUUCUACAAGCUUUUAUGUUGACUACUGCAGUAUUUUUCGGUUUGACUGUAUACACUUUACAAUCCAAGAGAGAUUUCAGCAAAUUUGGAGCGGGACUUUUCGCCUUUUUGUUUGUCUUGCUCUUGUCAGGAUUCUUGAGGUUCUUCUAUGAUAAUGAGUUGGUGGAGGUAAUCUUUUCUGCAAUGGGAGCUCUUCUGUUCUGUGGAUUCAUCAUUUAUGAUACUCAUCUACUGAUGCACAAACUGUCCCCUGAAGAGUAUAUAUUGGCUGCCAUCAACCUCUACUUGGAUAUCAUCAAUCUGUUCCUGCACCUAUUGCGUUUAUUAGAAGCAUUUAAUAAAAAGUGAUUGAGAACAAUAAAGUGUUUGAUAAAUACUGA